CCAUGGGUACUACCAAGAUUUUCCUGCUCUUUCUCUCAGUGGCCCUGUUGGCCUUGAGCUCAGCUGAAAACCCAGAUGGGGAUGCCUCAAGCCAACAACAAUCUGUUGCCCCUGAAACACAAGAAAGCCAGCAGCCUGCUGAAUCUGCGCAACAACCAAGCCAGCAAUCUGUUCAACCUGAACAGACCCCAAACCAAGAACCUGCUGCAUCUGAAUCACAACCAAACCCGCAACCUGCUGCAUCUGAACAACCCCAAAGCCAAGACCCUGCUGCAUCUGAAUCCCAAAGCCAGCAGCAACCUGCUGAUUCCCAAAGCCAGCAGCAACCUGCUGAUUCCCAAAGCCAGCAGCAACCUGCUGAUUCCCAAAGCCAGCAGCAACCUGCUGAAUCCCAAAGCCAGCAGCAACCUGCUGAAUCACAAAGCCAGCAGCAACCUGCUGAAUCAGCACAAAGCCAGCAGCAACCUGCUGAAUCUCAAAGCCAGCAGCAACCUUCUGAUUCACAAAGCCAGCAGCAACCUGCUGAAUCCCAAAGCCAGCAGCAACCUGCUGAAUCACAAAGCCAGCAGCAACCUGCUGAAUCCCAAAGCCAGCAGCAACCUGCUGAAUCCCAAAGCCAGCAGCAACCUGCUGAAUCCCAAAGCCAGCAGCAACCUGCUGAAUCACAAAGCCAGCAGCAACCUGCUGAAUCAGCCCAAAGCCAGCAGCCACCUGCUAAACAAGCCCAAAUCCCGAAACCUGAACGUAAACACAGAAGAAAAUUCAAACGCCUUCCCCUAAGAAGGGAGAGAAGAAAGUCUUCAGAACGACGCAAAUCUCGGACUCAGAGGACUCAGAGAAAAUAUCAUGAGUAAGGGACUGAAUAAGAAGAUGGAUAUGAGGAUGGCAUCAUGAAAAUCCUUCAGUAGCCUAGUAUAAUAGGAAAAUGUAGACAUCAUGACUCCCCUCAUUCCUGUAUUUAAAACACAAAUAAACUAAAAUGAGCAUCGA